AUGGGGGGACGAGAGGUUAAUGCUGAGAACAAAGCGACGGCUGAUGGGGCACGAGGUGUUAAUGCUGAGAACAAAGCGAUGGCUGAUGGGGGACGAGGGGUUAAUGCUGAGAACAAAGCGACGGCUGAUGGGGGACGAGGGGUUAAUGCUGAGAACAAAGCGACGGCUGAUGGGGGACGAGGGGUUAAUGCUGAGAACAAAGCGACGGCUGAUGGGGGACGAGGGGUUAAUGCUGAGAACAAAGCGACGGCUGAUGGGGGACGAGGGGUUAAUGCUGAGAACAAAGCGACGGCUGAUGGGGGACGAGGGGUUAAUGCUGAGAACAAAGCGACGGCUGAUGGGGGACGAGGGGUUAAUGCUGAGAACAAAGCGACGGCUGAUGGGGGACGAGGGGUUAAUGCUGAGAACAAAGCGACGGCUGAUGGGGGACGAGGGGUUAAUGCUGAGAACAAAGCGACGGCUGAUGGGGGACGAGGGGUUAAUGCUGAGAACAAAGCGACGGCUGAUGGGGGACGAGGGGUUAAUGCUGAGAACAAAGCGACGGCUGAUGGGGGACGAGGGGUUAAUGCUGAGAACAAAGCGACGGCUGAUGGGGGACGAGGGGUUAAUGCUGAGAACAAAGCGACGGCUGAUGGGGGACGAGGGGUUAAUGCUGAGAACAAAGCGACGGCUGAUGGGGCACGAGGGGUUAAUGCUGAGAACAAAGCGACGGCUGAUGGGGGACGAGGGGUUAAUGCUGAGAACAAAGCGACGGCUGAUGGGGGACGAGGGGUUAAUGCCGAGAACAAAGCGACGGCUGAUGGGGCACGAGGGGUUAAUGCUGAGAACAAAGCGACGGCUGAUGGGGGACGAGGGGUUAAUGCUGAGAACAAAGCGACGGCUGAUGGGGGACGAGGGGUUAAUGCUGAGAACAAAGCGACGGCUGAUGGGGCACGAGGGGUUAAUGCUGAGAACAAAGCGACGGCUGAUGGGGGACGAGGGGUUAAUGCUGAGAACAAAGCGACGGCUGAUGGGGGACGAGGGGUUAAUGCUGAGAACAAAGCGAUGGCUGAUGGGGGACGAGGGGUUAAUGCUGAGAACAAAGCGACGGCUGAUGGGGGGACGAGGGGUUAA